GGACAUACCUCCCAAGCGCCAGCAUUACUUCUGGCUUCCGCCUUCCGUCUUCCUUAAAUCAGUCUCUACAGUCAACGCGGCGAGGAGAUAGGCGAGCAGCAUGCUCAUACCAGUGAUUCUAUUCGUUCCGCUACUCAAGAGCUUCUUCGUGGCUUCAUUAGAACUGCCUUCUGCGGCCUCUUUCUGGGUUCCAGCACUGCCUGAUAUUCACCAAGAUCCUCUUCGUCCUUUAAACAUCUAUGCAGGACAUCUACCUUCGGACCCACAAAAUAUAAAUCCUAAACCAGAAGAUGUUAUCCCGCAUCUGUAUUUUGUCAUGGUGAGAAACCGUCGAGUCGCGGAUCGAGAAAGAGUGAUAUUUUGGUUCAAUGGAGGACCAGGCUGUUCGUCGUUCGACGGAUUGAUGAUGGAAGUUGGGCCAUGGCGUAUGGAUGGAAAAGGAGGAUUUGAUGUUGCAGAAGGAGGAUGGGAAGAAUACACUACUAUGAUUUAUGUUGAUCAACCCGCUGGAACAGGGUUUUCUUACACAAGUUCGAAUAACUAUGUUCAUAACUUAGAAGAGGCCUCCUCGCAACUGCUGGAGUUCUUGCGUAAUUUUUAUAGAGUAUUUCCCGAGUACCACAGGAUGGAUACUUAUCUUGGAGGCGAAAGUUUCGGGGGGCAAUAUAUUCCCUAUUUCGCGGACGCUAUCCUCAAUUCGAACAUAAAUAUACCUCUAAAAGGCAUCGCGAUCGGAAAUGGAUGGAUAGACGCGAAACGUCAAUAUCCAUCUUACCUGGAGUAUGCCGUCAAAAUGGGAAUCCUCGAGGAAAACUCUGACGAUUGGAAGGAAGCUAAUGCUCGUACAGAUGAGUGCACAGAGGUAAUCAAAAUGACUCAAGGCGAGCCGGUAAACAUUCCGGCAUGCGAAGGCCUGCUGUUGGAUGUGGCCAAAGUCAGACAGAAAAAGGUCAAUGGCGAAGACAUGUGCAUCAAUAUCUACGACGUACGCUACGAUGAUACAUGGCCCGCCUGUGGGAUGAACUGGCCGCCUGACAUCCAGCCGAUAACUACCUAUCUCGACCGUAAAGAAGUUGUGGAUGCGUUACAUGCUACCGACCAUGCCGAGGCAUGGGUUGAAUGCCGAUCACGAAUUCAUUCAGAGCUACACGAUAACGCGUCGAACUCCUCUAUCACUUUACUACCGAAAAUUCUCGAAAAAAUACCCGUGUUGAUAUUUGCCGGGGAUCAGGAUUUAAUAUGUAAUCACAUGGGUCUCGAGGCAAUGAUUCAGGCUAUGAGUUGGAACGGUGAAAAGGGGCUUGGAACCGUUCAGAUGCAGUCGUGGAGCGUGAAUGAUACUUCUGCAGGAACUUGGGUCACUUCUAGGAAUUUAACUUAUGCGAAGAUCUUUAACGCGUCUCACAUGGCUCCUUUUGAUGUUCCUCACGUCGCUCAUGACAUGAUCUUGCGUUUCAUGGGAGUGGAUUUCUCCAAGGUCCUCGACGGUUCCGCGCAAGUACCAAGUAGCAUUGGUCCAGAUUCGAAACCUCAGUUCUUACCAAACGCAUUGGUCUCGGUAACGCCGUCCUCUACAAAAUCACCGCAGCAAGAUAAAGCAAUGUGGGAAGCGUACUACAACGCCGGGGCUGUGGGCGUCGUUCUCUUUAUCAUCGUUGCAGCUAUUGGUAUCUUUUUCUGGUGUCGGGUACGCCGCAGACAUAUUCUGCAUCUUCCUGUCAAUCAGGAUGAUGAAGAGAGCAUACCGUUAACUCGAUCGCGACAUGAAGAUGGCGGCGAUGGGUUCUCACGCAGGAAGGGGAAGGAGAAAGCUGUUGACCUACCAGAGCAGGAGCCUGUCUUCGAUGUUGGAGAUAGCGAGGAUGAGGACGAAGGUCGAUACAAAGAUCGUUCAUGAUAUCGAUAUUUCCUAUUUAUUGAGUGUUUCUAUCGACGCAUAUCACGCAUUCUAGUCUUCCGAUUGCAACUUGGGGAGGUUUUUCAGUUCA